AUGGCGGCUGGUGGCGGCGAUGGGGCCAGGCGGCCCUACGACCUGGUGGUGUUCGGGGCCUCGGGCUUCACCGGCCAGUUUGUGGUGGAGGAGGUGGCGCGGACGGCAGCUGAUGGGGAGCUGAGCGGCGGCCUGCGCUGGGCUGUGGCCGGGCGGAGCCGGCAGAAGCUGCAGGCAGUGCUAGAUCGGGCGGCCGAGAGGCUGGGGAAGGCGGCGCUCGGGGCGGAGGUCGGCGUGCUGCUGUGCGAUGUGGCCGACGCGGCUUCGCUGGGCGCCAUGGCGAGGCAGACCCGGCUGGUGCUCAGCUGCGUGGGCCCGUACAGAUUCCUUGGGGAGCCUGUGGUAGAAGCUUGUGUUGAAAAUGGUGCAAGCUGCAUUGACAUCAGUGGAGAACCCCAGUUUCUGGAAGGAAUGUACCUGAAAUACAACCAAAAAGCUGCGGAAAAGGGUGUCUAUGUCAUUGGCAGCUGUGGCUUUGACUCAAUACCGGCUGAUAUGGGAGUACUCUACACCAGAGACAAGUUGAAAGGUACAUUAACUGCUGUUGAAAGUUUCCUGAAGGUGAAGUCUGGGCCUGAGGGUGCUUGUAUACAUGAUGGGACUUGGAAAUCAGCUGUUUAUGGUGUUGCGGAUCAAGACAACCUGAGGAAGCUUCGAAAGAAGAUAGGAUAUGCUCCUGUUCCAGUAGUUGGUGCAAAACUUAGAAGAAGAGGAUUUGUGUUUUACAGUCCAGAAUUCAAAGAGUACUGCAUUCCAUUCAUGGGAUCUGAUGUUUCUGUUGUGAAACGAUCUCAGCGUUAUUUGCACACAGAUUUGAAGGAAACUCCUGUUCAGUAUGGUGCUUAUGUGAACAUAGGUGGUCUUGGCUCUGUUAUCAAGCUGAUGCUUGCUGGCAUUUUAUUUCUUCUUCUUGUGAAGUUUAGUUUUGGAAGAAAACUUCUGACAAAAUAUCCAGAAUUUUUCUCUGCGGGACGCUUCACAAGAAAAGGACCAACCCAGAAACAGAUGGAUGGAACCUCGUUCACAAUGACUUUUUUUGGCGAGGGUUACAGUGAGGGGCAGGAUCCCCAGAAUGGCAAACCAAAUGUAAAGAUCUGCACUGAAGUGAAAGGGCCAGAGCCUGGCUAUGUUGCUACACCAAUUGCAAUGGUUCAAGCAGGUGUAUCUCUUCUGGAAGAUACAGCUUGUCUGCCUAAACAGGGUGGUGUAUAUUCUCCAGGAGCUGUCUUCUCCAAAACAAAACUGAUUGAUCGCCUCAACAAACGUGGUGUUGAGUUCUCUGUUAUUAGCAAGGCUGAAGUCUGAAGUCAAAACGUAAUUUUAUGAGCUACCACCUUGCCUGGGUCUAACUCCAAUAAAACUCAUUUGGCUGUGAAAGUCUAAUAACAAAAUAGUUUCACUGUGCUAUUGUUUGCAGCAGAAUAGAAGAAAAAUAGAGUUUAAUAUUCUGCUAUUUGCUGUAGUGAACAAACCUGUCAAGGGUAUGGAUUUUAAUUUAUAAAGAUAUUAAAUCAACAAUUUACUGGGUUCUAGUUCUAGAUUUUUGUUUAAUCUUUUUCAUCCAGUAGAGCCAUUGAUAGAAUCUGCUUCACACUUAACCACAGCCUUCUUGCUUUGCCCUUGGAUAAAAAGUGCCUUAGCAGAUGAAACCACUAGCUGCUCCUCAUACCCGUUUGGACAGGUGCUAUUACUUCGUGGUGUUCUUUCUAGCAAGACCUCAGUCUCCAUAGUGGAAUAAAA